CUAGUGUAGUUUCCGCCAUAUUUCUUUCCUUUUCAAACACCAUCAAAUUUGGGCUCGAUUUUUUCACCUACAAUGGCGCCAAGUUUCCCGCCACGUCUCCAACCAUUCCCCCCUACAAAACCCCCGCCGCAGCCGCCACUCUGAACCACAACUCACCGCCUAACAAACCAACCAAACCAGAUCUGCAUCUUCUGCACCAACGAUUCCAGCCAUGGUUGUCGCCUUGGGUCCCGGAAAAUUCUACGGCAGCAGUCUGCCUCGCCCCCGGUUCUACACCGACGUCAAAUUGAACAGCGAGAGAGUCGAUCCGCCGGUUCCGGUCAUGGAUCCGCUCAUGCAGUGGGCGAACGAAGCCCACUGGUCCAUGGGGGGUCUCAAUUUCAAGCGCCUCCGCCUCCAGGGUCGCAUCGAGGGGAACGUCGAUAGACUCCGAGUGCAGAGGGAGAAAACUUUUAAGAAAUCGGAGAGGCGACGCCCGAAAUCGGCGAAGCGUGUGCCGCCGUCGAUUUCUGAGGAAGAUCGGGAGGAGAGUAGCGAGGUUAGUGAGACUCCGUCUCCGCCUCCGGCGCCGGUGGCGAUUAAACGGCGUCGUGUUGUUGGGGUUUUGGAUGAGGAUGCGGAUGAGGCGGUGGAGCAUAAGAGGCGGGGGCCGGUGAGGAAAUUGGGAGACGAUUUUGAUAAGGUCGCGGUUGAAAGCGGGAUGGCUGUGGACGACGACGGAAUUGGUCGGAGUGUGACGAGCGAGGAACCGAAACGGAGAGGGAAAUUGGUUAGAGGCGGCCUGAGAGUUGGCGCCGCCGUGGUGGCCGCCGCCGUCGCCGCCAGGAAGUCGCCGCGGCUGUCGAGGAAAAGAUUGUAUUGAAGGUGUUCGACGAAAUGCCUGACUGAAAAAAAGAAGAAAAAAACUGUAUACCUAAUCAAUUAGUAGCUUAGUGCUUUUGCCAUCCAAUUUCAAAUGUUUCUUUUAA